GCGCAGCCCCGCCUCGCCGCUGGGCUGCGGGCGGCCUGGCGGGGAGGGCCGGCGGCGGGAGCGCGGCGAGCAGCCAUGAUGGAAGGCUCUGACGACGGCCCAGAUUUCCUCUCGGAGGAGGAUCGAGGUCUUAGAGCAAUAAAUGUUGAUCUCCAGACUGAUGCUGCUCUGCAAGUGGAUAUCUCAGAUGCACUCAGUGAGAGGGACAAAGUGAAGUUCACUGUCCACACAAAGAGCUCCUUACCAAAUUUCAAACAAAGUGAAUUUUCCGUUGUUCGGCAACAUGAAGAGUUUAUUUGGCUUCAUGAUUCCUUUGUGGAGAACGAGGACUAUGCUGGCUAUAUUAUUCCACCAGCGCCACCCAGGCCUGACUUUGAUGCCUCAAGGGAAAAAUUGCAGAAGCUUGGAGAAGGAGAAGGAUCGAUGACUAAAGAAGAAUUCACUAAGAUGAAACAAGAACUGGAGGCCGAAUACUUGGCAAUAUUCAAGAAGACGGUUGCAAUGCAUGAAGUGUUUUUGUGUCGUGUGGCAGCACAUCCUAUUUUGAGAAAGGAUUUAAAUUUCCAUGUCUUUUUGGAAUAUAAUCAGGACUUGAGUGUUCGUGGGAAAAAUAAGAAAGAAAAACUGGAAGAUUUCUUUAAAAAUAUGGUUAAAUCUGCUGAUGGUGUCAUUGUUUCAGGAGUAAAGGAUGUGGAUGAUUUCUUUGAACAUGAAAGGACAUUCCUUGUAGAAUACCACAACCGAGUCAAAGAUGCUUCUGCCAAAUCUGAUAAAAUGACAAGAUCGCAUAAAAAUGUGGCGGAUGACUAUAAUAGAAUUGGUUCUUCAUUAUAUGCAUUAGGAACACAGGACUCCACAGAUAUAUGCAAGUUCUUUCUGAAGGUAUCAGAAUUAUUUGAUAAAACAAGGAAAAUAGAGGCCAGGGUAUCUGCUGAUGAAGAUCUUAAACUUUCUGAUCUUCUGAAAUACUACUUAAGGGAGUCUCAAGCUGCUAAGGAUCUCCUAUAUAGAAGAUCUAGGUCACUAGUGGAUUAUGAAAACGCUAAUAAGGCAUUGGAUAAAGCAAGAGCAAAAAACAAAGAUGUGCUGCAAGCUGAAACUACUCAGCAGAUAUGCUGUCAGAAAUUUGAGAAGAUAUCUGAAUCAGCAAAACAAGAAUUGAUAGACUUCAAGACAAGAAGAGUUGCAGCAUUCAGAAAAAACUUAGUGGAACUAGCAGAACUGGAAUUAAAGCAUGCUAAGGGUAACUUACAGCUGCUGCAGAGCUGCCUGGCAGUGUUAAAUGGUGACACAUAAGCUACGCUCCGUCCUCCCGCUAACAAGGGCUGCCCUCCUGGAUUUUGUUUUCAUGACUUUAAAUAGGCAUUUACAGUUCCCUGGAGAAAUUGUUUGACAAAGUGCACAUAAGUGAGCUCUUCCUUUAAAAAAAAAAAAGUUAAAGACCUGAAAGUAGCUCAAGACUAUACAAAGCAACAGCUUACUUGUUAUUCAUGCAUAUUCAUGUUUAUUUAAUCAUUAUAUGCUUUCAUUGUUCAGAAACCAAAUGCUGUUUUUGUGAAACUAGCCAAUAUAAUUAUGUACAUGUUAUGAAUACUAUGAUACAGCUGCCAAUCAUUUACCUUUGUAAGUAAUUUCUGAAGUUCACCAUUUGACGUACAUUGUUCAAAUGGCUUAACUAUUGACCAUUAGAUAUUUGACUAUUGUUACUAUAAUGCAUUGUAUACACUGUCUUAGUUUUUUCCAUUUACUGAUAUCAAGAAACUUAAUCUUUUUUUCAAUUGUGAACAUUUCUUAGAAGUUUUGAAGAACUUUGUGUAACCUUUAUAACUAUGAUUUAAAAGGAAAAGCAAAUACAUUAGUAUGUUUGCCUUAACUUGUAGACUAAUCCAAUUAUUGUAAAAUAAACCAUGAAAUCAA